GUUACAUUUUCUUAUUCUUUAAGCUAGAUUCCAUCAGGGAUCAUAUCUGAUCACCUGUUUCCAUCCGUUUGUUUACUGUAUCUUCGGUGACUCCUGCAUGUCCUUUCUCGCUUUAUCCAUAAACCUCCCCGAGCCUCUCUCUGUCCUCUUGCCACAAUAUCCUACUCCCAAUGUAACCCUCAUCGCUCUUCCAUUCAUGUCCAAACCCUCUCAACCUCUAAAUUUUGAACUAAAAUAUUAAAAACGUCUCCUUUCCAGGUCAUGUACACGAGGGCUGUUUGGAGGGAGGGUACCCAAGAGGAGGAGGGUGUAGUUCCUGACAGUUGGAUCGACAGAGAAAUGAGAACCGUCAGAUGGCCACGUAAAAUGAGCGUUACAAAAACAGAAAAAGCCAUUAAAGACAAAAUUAACCCCCAUGAUGACUGGAUGACAUUCUCAUUAAUUAAGAUAAAACUUACUUCAGAUAAGCGUCGUGAAUGUGACACCUACAACCUGACCAGCCAGGCAGAGGAGGACGAUGAGGUGAUUAGAUCAAUGAGGAAGCGCACUAAAAAAGUAAUUCCGGAGGGUUUUGUUAGAAAUGAAUUAACGGAUUCGGAUGAGAGUGUCAGGGGCGUCAAGCUACCCACCUUCCCUGCUGCACCAAGGAAGCUGCAGCCCAUUGAGGACACCAACAUGUUGCACAAUACUUCCCAUGAAGAUGGAGCCAUGUCUGGCCAAGUAGAGCGUGCGGACAGUCCCCGGGGCAGUGAAAUGUCCACUCCUAACUCUGUAAGUCAAACCUUGGAUGGCCUGAUGGAAGCCCUCUCUGGCCCAGAGAAAUGCGCUGCCAGAUCUCGGCGCAAGGAAAUGUCCAAUGCAAGCACAGCACCUCGGAUCAGAGACCUGUCGACACCCAGAUCUCGUCAUGCGAGGGAUGGCUAUCGCUCCAGGUCCAACAGUGGAUCCACCAUCAGGUCCUGGCACAGUGAUUGUUCGAGACCCACCUUCAGGUCCAGACAUGAUGGGUCACGGCACAGUGAUGUCAGGUCCAGACAUGACCGAUCCCGUAGUGAUGCCCCCAGUCCAGGUCAGGUCAGGUCCAGACACAAUAAAAGAGCACAGCGAUGUGAUGUCCGAUACCGUAGUGAUGACCGAUCCCGUAGUGAUGCCCCCAGUCCCCUGGCCAGACACGAUAAAAGAGCACAGCACAGUGAUCUCAGCACCCCCCCCCUAUGACAGGCUUGAUGCAGUGACUGAGACUGGGAGAUGGGCAUUCCCGUUGCCUUUGGGUGUGUUCCAGAAAAAGGUCCUGAGCCUACUGGUCGACAUCCGCCAUCGCCUGAAGGAAACACAGCCUGCCUCUUCAGCUGUCCAUAUAGAGAGA